UCACUUUCACUCUUGCAAAAGACUCAUGGAACAAAAAUAAAUCAUUUGAGAGGAGGAGCCUCGGACGAUCGAGUUUGUGCGGUUCUGUAUUUAAUAACUGAAUAGCCUACGCUUUCUGCUGUUAAAACAAAUCGCUUUGCUGACGAGUCAUGGCGUGUGGAGGGCUCAUGUCUGCUCCGGUGUGUCUCAUUGAAAAUGAUGAAAAUGGGAAGCUACACGUGAAGAAAGAGGGCAAAGAAAUUCUGGAUGGGAUCCAUGAGCCGGUGGUGGUGGUGUCUGUGGUGGGACUCUACCGUACGGGGAAGUCUUACAUUAUGAAUCGCCUGGCGGGACAACAGUCCGGCUUUGCUCUUGGCAGCACUAUUGAAUCAAAGACCAAAGGCAUCUGGAUGUGGUGUGUCCCUCACCCUAAUAUAAAAGGACACACUCUGGUGCUGCUGGACACAGAGGGACUUGGUGAUGUGGAUAAGGGGAAUGAGAAACAUGAUACAUGGAUCUUCUGUCUGGCAGUUCUUCUCAGCAGUACUCUAGUGUACAACAGCUUAGGGGUCAUUGACAACAUGGCACUGGAAAAGCUGCACUACGUUACAGAGCUGACGGAGAACAUUCGUGUGAAGGCAGAAGUGAAUCAAGACGAGGCCGGGUCAACAGAUUUCAUGCGUGUUUUUCCAUCAUUUGUCUGGGCUGUUCGUGACUUUACUUUGGAACUGAAAAGGGGGGAUAAACUAAUAACAUCCGAUGAGUAUCUGGAGGGCUCAUUGAAACUCAAACCAGGUAGCUCAUCUCAGGCUGAGCAGUACAACCUGCCUCGUCGUUGUUUGCGACAAUUCUUUGCGGUGAGGAAGUGCUUUGUGUUCCCUCGGCCAGCUAGUACGCAAAACAUGAGAAGAAUGGAGAAACUGACAGAGAAGGAACUGGAUUCAGAGUUCCUUGAGCAGGCAAAAACCUUCUGUUGUUAUAUCUACAACAAUGCAGAGCCGAAAACUGUCACUGGAGGCAAAACAGUUACAGGAACAGCUCUGGGUAAUCUUGCUGAGGUUUACGUAGAGGCGAUCCGCAGUGGUAAGGUUCCAUGUCUGGAGAAUGCAGUUGUGUCUCUGGCUAAGAUCCAGAACGUCCGUGCAGUGGAAGAGGCCAUGCAGUUGUACAUGAUCGAGAUGCUCAACAUGCCUCGGCUUCCUAUGCGCCCGGAAGAGCUGUCUGACAUCCACAAAAUUGCAGAGAAGAAGGCCACUGAAGUUUUUAUCACUAUGUCCUUCAAUGACAACGAUCAGAUGUACCAUCAAGAGCUCAUGGGGAAGAUUCAUAAUGAAUAUCAAGAUAUGUGCCAGCAGAAUCAUGAAGCAUCUCGCAGUCAGUGUGAAGAAGUUCGUGAAGAGGUGUUUGUUUCACUGGAAAAAUGCUUUUCUGAUGGAUCAUACCUGAAACCUGGAGGAUACCAACAGUACAGAGACACGCUUACACAGCUGACCAGUGACUACAGAGCAAAAACACACUCACAAAUAAUGAGUGAGGAAGUGUUGAGUAAAUAUUUGAAAGCAAAGGAAGAGGCUGGAAAAAUGAUUCUACAAGCUGACCAAUCUCUCAGCGCAGUGGAACAGGAGAAAGAGGCACAAAGACUAAAGAAUGAGAUCCUAGAGCAGCAAAAAAGAAGCAUAGAGGAACAGAACCAAUUACAGGAGCAGGCAUUUAAAGACAUGCAAAGAACCCACAAUGAGCAUGUGAAUCAGAUCAUUAGUCAGAUGGAGAAAGAGCAGGAGAGAAUGAGGAGAGACAAUGAACGAGUCCUGGAUGCAAAACUGAAGGAACAGGGAGCUCUUCUACAUCAAGGCUUUCAGCAGGACGCUUCCAGGAUGCAGAGAGAAAUUGAAAGCCUGAAAGCAGAUAUGAAUAAACAGGAAACGUCCCAACGCUCCACACUCAGCAAGGUUGUGGAUGGUAUCGGCACUGCUGCAACUUUUUUGUUGCCGGGUUUUAUUCCUAAAGCAGUUGGUCUUGGUAUGUCCUGGCUUUCAAAACUGUUUUGAAAAUGGAUAAAGUAUUGUGGCAAGCAGGGCAGGGCCAAGAGCCGUGGGAACUAAGUGGGGCCGGUGAAGCAAGAGCUAAUGAAUAUCACCUGCAUGCCACACUCCAGACACACAGAGAUGACAGUGUGUUCAUUUAUUAAUUCAAGUUGUAUGUUUAAAUGUUCACAAGUUCACGCCUCCUUCUUCCUGUAACAACAAACUUUGUUACAGAUAUUUUAUAAACUAUGACAAAAGCUUUUAUCAGAGUGACUGCUUUCUUCCAUGUAAUGUUAAAAUGAUUCACAAAAUCCUUGAAUUCUGAUGUAAAUCUUUGUGGGAACCUUCUAAUUAUUAGACCACAAUGUUUUACC